UGCAAAUAAACUAAAAUUGUUUAAAUUUCAGUCUCAUGUGGUCAUCCGACAAAUAACGGAGGUGUAAAUAGGAUUACAUCUGGUGGUAACGUUGUUGGUGUCUGGGCUAAUUACACAUGCGCAACAGGACAUGAGAAUAUGUCAGGAAGUGCCAGUAGAUUUUGCCAGAUGAAUGGUGUUUGGACUGGUACGCCUGUGUCUUGUGCAGUUAAAUAUUGUGGCAUUCCAGUUACUGGCUCGAAAUCUACGCUGACAUAUACAACUACAUCUUAUAACUCUGUUGCUACAUACACUUGCAAGGAAGGAUUUGUGAGCAAUAUCGAUAAGAUUUCAACUGUCAAAACGGCACAAUGUAUGGAUGAUAAAAACUGGUCUACUUCUCCUUUAGACUGUCAACCUGUUACAUGUUCACAUCCAGUACAUAGCACCUAUGUACAGUCUAUUCCUGUUGUAACUUAUGUGUAUAAGGACGUAGUUACUUACCAGUGUGUUGUUGGCCACAUGUUGGGGAGUGGUGACCUCAUAAGAGAGUGCCAGGCUAACGGUACAUGGACAGGUGAUCAACCACAUUGCAAAGAUAUAGAAUGUGCAGCACCAAACAACAUAACUAAAGGUAUAAUCAAGACAACUGGCAAGGUUUAUGGAUCAGAAGCUGUAGCAGUAUGCGAUGCGGGUGCUGCUGUCAUGUCAGGGAACAUAGUACGAAUGUGUGGACUUUCUGGUACCUGGGUCGGUACAGAACCAGUGUGUCAAGAUGUUUACCAAGUAUUCUUAACAGGAAACACAACAGGUAUCGGAAAGAACAAUUAUAGCUACGAUUUAGCUAGUCUGGCUGUCGAUGUUACAUCCCUCUCUAGAUAUAAACGAUCGAAGCAAAGUGUUUACUACGACAAACCAUCUCAUAUUGCCAUAGGAGCUUUUGGGCUGAUUGUUAUAAUUGCAGUGGUGUCUUUUAUUUGUUCAUUGGAUCUCAUUAAGUUGAGUUCACAGAUGAAAUAUUUGUUAACACUACCUGAAAAGGUAUCUAAGAAGGCUGCUAUGGCAAAGAGACCAAAAGUAGUACACAAAGUAUUUGUUACACGGAAAUAAUAUGAUCAGAUACUCAAAAUAUAAAAAAAGUCACUAAAAAAUAUGGAAUACGUAACUCGGCUCUGUAUUUGAUUUAACGAUAAACAGUUUCUUGUUGGAAAUAAUAUUUUUCGACAAAAUCAUUUCUCUGAAUUAUUAAAUUUAGGAGGCAAAUGUACUGUAUAUAAAUAGUUAUGACAAACUUUAAUAACUGCAAAUCUUAAUUGCAUUUGAGAUAUCACAAAUAACACAAAGAAGAUGUCAUGAUAAGUGCUAUUAUUUAACCCCUAAAAUAAUAAGGUUGUUCAGUUCUUUUAAAGUAAUGUUCAUCAUAUGAUUUAAUAAAUAGGCAGAUAUAAUAUCAGUUUGUGAUUUCCUUAUCAUGUCGAAAUUUAGAAAACUGUUUGGGUAAAGGAUAUCAUUUGAUAGAUUUAUGAUGGUUUUUAAUUUAGAUUUUGAGAGGCCAAAACAAUUGCCUUAUCAUACCUUCUAUAUAUAUAUAUAUAUAUAUAAACAAGUCUAAAUUGAAAACAACGUUCAAACCUAUGAUUGCGUUGGAUAAAAACCGCAAUUUUUAUACGUGUGCAUGCAAAACAAAUUUCUUGUUAGAGGGGUCUAAAUACAGCACAAACAACAUUUUCCAAAAGACCAAAAAAGUGAAAAAGUAUAUUUUAACAAAACGCAUUUGACUAACAGGUCGAACAACAAAUGUUCUUAAAUCCUGCUGACUGCCAUUGGCGAUUGCCAAAUAAACGGAUCACAAGGAGUAAUAAAUGGAUCUUAACUUUAAAUUUAAUACCAAACAGAAAACAAUAAACUUGCGGCGAAGAUGGUAUACCGCAAACAAAGGUGCAAAGAUUUUUUGUACACCAUAUCCGGAUUUCGACAAUUAAUGUCUCUUCAGUGAUGUUAGGAAUCGAAACGGUUAUUGGAAGGCCACAUAAUUUACCUCAAUUUGGGAUAGACUCUUGAAUUUUGAGGAGUCAAAAUAGGAUGAACGGAUCAUAUAAACCCGAAGGCAAAUAUAAUACAAGCCCAAACGAAAAAA